CCGCCGAUUAACUGCUCGGGCGCUUCUCCUGGGUGACUGCCGCUGUCAGGCUCUCGCCCUUCGCGCUGAGGGAGAACGCUGUCCCCGCUACAGAUGGAACAGGCUUACAUUAAAAUUCAUCGCAGUCGCCAUGCAGCGCGCUGACAGUUCUGCGCCAGCUUUGGGUGGUUGAGAAGUCGCUUUACUGGCUGUGAAGGGGGAGGCAGUGGUGCCAGAGGAAGGUGCGGUGUGCUAACGGUCCCGCGGCAAUACGCCCUCCCUAAACCACCUCAACCACGGUACUUUUAAAGGAGACCUCCUCUGCACGGGGGUUAGGAAGAAGGAAUUCACCGGGUGGGAAUCGUGAGGAAAGAAACCGAAGCACAAGCAGGAGGAUCUGAGCAGCGUCAGCUGAAGAAACUGACUGGUCCCGCUGUUGACAGGCUGCGAUGCGCACAACGGCGGCCGCUUCCUAGCCCCCAUUUUAAGGGGCGGGAGGGGGAGUUCAAAGGCAUAAACAAGGAGCGAUGGACCUAAUUCUUCCCCCUCCUUUUUCUCAAGCUAGGUUGCCCAGGCUCGCCAACAAAUCCAGCUCGGCUAUGCAUCGCAAUGGGAACGUGCUGCCGCGGAGGCUGCCUUCUCCUCACUGAGGAGACUAAAUAUGCUGUUGCUGCUGCCGCCGAGGCUGCCUUCCCCUCACUGAGGAGGCUGAGACCGCUGCUGCUGCUGUUGAUGCUACUGCUGCCGAGGCUGCCUUUUCCUCACCGAGGAGGCUGACCGCUGCUGCUCAGGCUGCCUUCCCUUCACUGAGGCGGUGCUGGUGCUCAGCUUGCCUACCCACCCAUCGCCUAGGAGCCUGCUGCUGCCCGCGGAAGGCGCGUUGCCCUCAUGAGGCAGCAGAAGCUGCCGCCUGCUCUGGAGCUUCUGUGCCCUCAUUGAGGCGGCCGCCACUGCUGCGUUACUGGGAGAGAUUGUGCCGCUGCGACAGGGGAGGACGGGGCUCGGCGCGCAGAGAGGAGGCGCAGCGAGCAUGCGCCGCCCGAGCCACUGACUGGAUUCUCAGUCGAGGUACCGAGGGAAAAAACAUUAAAAAUAAAGAAAAAGGAAAGGAUUGCGCGAAAGAAGAAUGAAAGACCGCAGAGGAAAUUUUAAAAGGCUCUAAAAAAGACCGCCAGGAUAAAAACAGCUUUGUGUCGUCGCGAAGGAGCAGCCCUGGCAUGUGGGGAUCUCUGGCACCAACAGCAGCAAUCAGGCUCUUUUAUGGACGAUAUUUUGAUGGCAUGACAAAUCAGAAAGAAGAGGAUGUACUGUAUGACUAGACACAAGAUCAGUUCUGUUUGUGGAUUACAUUUUCAGUAAGAUGUAUGGAUCUAUUUUUUCCUUGUUCUUAUAUAUAGAUCAUGAGACUUGACUGAGGCAAUAUACAUAUCAUCCAUCCAUCUAUGGCGAACUACAGCCAUGCAGCUGACAACAUUUUACAAAAUCUCUCUCCUUUAACAGCUUUUCUGAAACUGACUUCCCUGGGUUUCAUAAUAGGAGUCAGUGUGGUGGGUAACCUUCUGAUCUCCAUUUUGCUAGUCAAAGAUAAGACCUUGCAUAGAGCUCCUUACUACUUCCUGUUGGAUCUUUGCUGCUCAGAUAUCCUCAGAUCUGCAAUUUGUUUCCCAUUUGUUUUCACCUCUGUAAAAAAUGGCUCUACUUGGACAUAUGGGACUCUUACUUGCAAAGUGAUUGCCUUUUUGGGGGUUUUAUCCUGCUUUCACACUGCUUUCAUGUUAUUCUGCAUAAGCGUCACCAGAUACUUAGCUAUUGCCCACCACCGUUUUUAUACAAAAAGGCUGACCUUCUGGACUUGCUUGGCUGUUAUCUGUAUGGUGUGGACCCUCUCUGUAGCCAUGGCUUUCCCCCCAGUUCUAGAUGUGGGCACCUACUCGUUCAUUAGGGAGGAAGACCAAUGCACUUUCCAGCAUCGUUCCUUCAGGGCUAAUGAUUCCUUGGGAUUUAUGCUUCUUCUUGCCCUUAUCCUCCUAGCCACACAGCUUGUCUACCUCAAGCUGAUAUUUUUUGUUCACGAUCGCAGGAAAAUGAAGCCAGUCCAGUUUGUUGCAGCAGUGAGCCAGAACUGGACUUUUCAUGGUCCUGGAGCAAGUGGUCAAGCAGCUGCUAAUUGGCUGGCUGGAUUUGGAAGGGGUCCCACACCUCCAACCUUGUUGGGAAUCAGGCAAAAUGCGAACACCACAGGCAGGAGAAGGCUACUGGUUUUAGAUGAGUUCAAAAUGGAGAAGAGAAUCAGCAGAAUGUUCUACAUCAUGACAUUCCUCUUUCUGACCUUGUGGGGUCCCUAUUUGGUAGCCUGUUACUGGAGAGUUUUUGCAAGAGGGCCUGUAGUUCCAGGGGGAUUUCUAACGGCCGCUGUCUGGAUGAGCUUUGCCCAAGCUGGAAUCAAUCCUUUUGUCUGCAUUUUCUCCAACAGGGAGCUGAGGCGCUGUUUCAGCACAACCCUUCUUUACUGCAGAAAAUCCAGGUUACCAAGGGAACCUUACUGUGUUAUAUGAGGGAGCAUCUGUAAAUCUUUAGCCUUGUGAAACACUACCAUUCUCUGCUAAGCAAUUGUGGCCUGUAGCCAUGUCUUGAAGAGAAAAUCAAGAAUGGGACGUCAGCAGUUGUAAGGAUCUGGGCAACGUUCUGCAGUCUUUGCAAUAGCUCACCUCUAAUCCUGUUUUAAACCUAAACAUGUUCCUGCUGACCACUGCUGAAGGUUUGUAAUUAAGAACAAAGGACUGAACUACUGCCCUGAAUUCCUUUAUGUGGUUGAAAUCUAGAUUAUGAAAGUAGCAGGUGCUAAGUAUCAGUGCUAAAUGCUGUGUAUAUCACUACAUAAAAUAAGACCAUCAAAAAAGAUUAGCAUUGGACAUCUUAAUAAAUUAAGUUGAUAUGAGGUUAAUGUGUUGAUAAAACUAAUUUUAGACAUCCGAAGACCUUUAAAACAUUUCAUAUGAUUAUUGUUUUGCAAAGACUGAAAUCUGGGGACUCAAGUACUGUAACUGAUUAAAGAUGUGCCAUGCAUUAUUGGAUUAUCACACUUACAAAUCUGUUUGCCUUGUGAGUAAGUUUUGGGGAGCAUUCCAAAGCAGUAUUUUUGUUCAGACUUCAAUUUAGAC